GGCAAUAAAGGGGUUGUGGCUAUAAAGGGGUUGUGGCUAUAAAGGGGUUGUCAAAUGUGAGGCUGAAACUUUUGGUAGAGACACAUCUCUUCACCUCAAGACCUGAACUUUUGCUUACUUUUGGAAUUUCAGUCAUGGCAUCUUCAGCACUCCUGAUACUCCUGUUAUAUGCAACCUCAAUUGGGACAACUGUAUCAGUUAAAGAUAUGGAAUACUACACAAGAGAAAGAGUUGAGAAAUCUAUUGAAUCUUUUGAAAAGAGUUUGGAAAUUGUUAAAAUAAUAGUUGAGGGAAAGGAUACAUCAGAUUGGACUAGUGUACUUAAGAAAGUCUUAAAGUUCACGGCACGUUAUGGCCCUGCCUUUGGUGGUUUUGCUGGUGCUGCUGUAAAUUUUGCCCUGGCAUUUGUCGGUCAAGAUGACCCAGUGUUAAUUGAGGUGAAGACUCAGUUUGCAGAGGUUAACAGAAAGCUUGACUCAAUCACUUUGCAAAUCAACUCUCUGAAAACUGAAGUCCAGUGGGUAACCUAUGCCAGUGUCUACUCUCAAGACGAGCUUAAGAUCAGCAACUCCUGGGACAUGUUCAAGGAAUUCUUGUCGGAUAGCAUGGCAGCCAAAGACGAGGACAAGAAGAGACAACUGGUGGAGAAGUUCACCCAGUUCUAUGAGAACACAGCAACUGAGAACAGCGUGACCAAUUUCUACAAAUACCUGACGGGAGAGCAGCCUUCACUCACCGAAAACCUCCUGGAGCUCAUGGUAAACAAAUUCAGUGGUGAAGUUGAAAAGGUGAAGACAUACAGCAUGUAUUUCAGAGGUCUGAUGUGGAAGGGCCUGCAGCUGAAUCUCAUCUAUUACAAGCUGAAGGACUUUAACACAGAGGCCAAGGCCCAGCAAUCAAUCAUUCAGUUUUACAACGUUACCCAAGCUCACACACAAACAGUGCUGAAAUGCAUUGAGAACUUUGAACAGUACAUGAAGAACGAUGUGGAAGUGAUUGGCACAUCCGAAUCCUUAGAAAUGACCCCACUAGCUACCAAAGUUAGAGAGUUUUUGAAUAAAAAGUACUUCUGGUAUGACUGGAUAGUUGCUGUGUACAAAAAGGAAGAUGACAGUAGCCAUGACAUGGUACGUUUUACCAAGUUUCCUCUUGAGAAGGUCAUUGUUGCUGUGAGCUUCUCAGAGAAAGGCAACCAUUUAAUUGGAAAUACUAUAAAAGAAUACGCUUCUGACUGUGUGAAAAAAAUAGAGUGCUCAAAGCCUGAAGUGCUGAACAAACUUCCUGAAUGUUCAUACAAAUACAGCAGGUAUGGUCCUUCUACAUACAAAUUGGCUAUGACUCAAAUUGCAGCUAUCCAUAUUUCAACAAAAAAAGAUGGGUUUUCUGAAACUCCAGAUGCGCUAAUCAGAAAUGACUGUUACUGGGGCUUCUUUUCAGUCUAUGUAAAAAGUGAUAACCAGAUUAGACAACUUGACCCCUGCUCUGGCAACACUGACUGUGGAAAUGGCCAAUGCAAGAGAAUACUAGACACCUCUUUGACAAUUUGUGAAUGCAAUGAGGGCUUCUAUGGUGAAAAGUGUGAGAUUAAUAUUCAGGACGAUGUGAUGACCGUGAAUGUGAAUGUGGGUGAAGAUGCCGAAGCAUCACAGGUGGCUGGUGGGAAGGAUGGGUAAUUGGCUGGAGCUAAAUACAUGUAAUGGUAUCAAACACAUGGUUUCUAUUCCAGCCGUUAUUAUGAUUCAUCCUCACCUGCUUGCUGUGCAGAAUGUGUCUUUCUUUCUCUGUGCCAGUCUCACUUCAAUGAUUGCUAAUUUCCUGAGGUUGCAAAAUUCUGGUAACUUCCCCAAAAUUACCAGGUAUUCCAGAAAUACUAGUUAGAAGAAAAGCACGGGAAAUCCAGAAAACCUGGGGAUAUCCGAAAAAUUGGGAAUUUGGGGAAAGUUGACAGAAUUUUGUAAUGGUGUCAUUCUGCCAGAGAGUAGGGCAUUCAUCUAACCAUCAUCAUUUUCAGAAUUCCGAAGUAAAAAUAUCCCCCAAUUGAAUCAUAGAAAUCAUGAUCUAAGAAAAUAUAUAUACAUAAUAUUUUUUUUUGAACGUGACUGCUAUAAGCAACGCAAACGCAAAUAUUUUAGCCUCUAUCCUAUCACAUUUUUAAAAUUCAAGAUAUGUAUAUUUGUACAGGAAGGAUAUACACAGAUCAUCAUGUCUAAGAUCAUUGUUACAUGUAUCCAACAUGAACCUUCAACACCCUGUUAUAGAUAGACGAUGUUAAACCACUGUAAUGCUUUUAUGCUUUGUGCUUCUGUAAAGCCAUACUUCAUUUUCUAAUGUAAUAAACAUUGAAUUCCUAAACCAA